AUGCCGCAAGAAAGCUGGGUAAUUUACACUUUCCAACUCGGGCGGCGGUAAAGAUUUAACGCAACAACCGAAAAACGCGUAUCCUGGAAUUGUUGAACGUGAAUUAUUGAACGUGAACCUGUUACCCAUUUCUUCCAAGUUUCGUUCACCUUGGAGCUUCGAGCAUCAGUUCAUGGUUUCAUCACAGAACAACACUGGAUUUGUACAACGGAAAAAGAACGCUGGGGAUAAGAAGAAAACAUCCUCCUAUUUUCAUGCCGUCUGCCGCUUUGCCACCACUAUGUCAGCCUGGAUCUCAAUGCUAAAGCUGCUAACCAUGAUCAACUUUGUGUGUGUGUCUGGAGCCGCCAUAACCAUGGAAACAGGGGUGAGUACGCAGGGUGCUGGGACUAGCGAGGAGAGACAUGCACACACUCCUCCCGUGCUGGAGAUGAGAAGAGACACUCACCACCCAAUGAAGACUGGUGAUCAGCAGGAUUCAUAUAAACUCAUCUACGGAACAGCCCAUAAUACUGAUGAUUCGUAUAAACUCAUCUAUGGACAUGAUGGAAUAACUCAUAAUAAAUUAACUGACGACGGUGUUGAAACUUCUGACCAUGGUAGCGGUGACAGUGUUGGAUUUGACAAUCAUGCAGGUGGUGACCGUGUUGAAUCUUCGGACAAUACUGAUGGUAAUAAUGAUGAAUUUGAUAAUUAUGCGGGAGGUGAGAGUGUUGAAUCUGCUGGCCAUGUUGCAAGCGACGGUGUUGAAUCUGCUGAAGAGCCUGAGGGGCCGGUUGUGCGGGUGCAUGGGGGCAUGGUGCGUGGCCUCACGCUGGACAAAGCUCACGUCUUCUACGGCAUCCCAUAUGCCGCCCCGCCAGUGGGGCAACGACGCUGGGCGCCACCCCACCCCGUAUUACCAUGGUUACAGACGUACAACGCCACCUUCCCUCGGCCGGCGUGCAUGCAAGCCUGUGCCGGAGAGUUUUCUCAGAUCUGUCCACCAAAGGUCAGUGAAGACUGCCUGUACUUGAACGUAUUUGUCCCUCGGACUGUGAACUUGUCAUUGCCGACGGAAACACAGCGGCCAGUUCUGGUGUGGAUCCAUGGUGGCGACUUCAUUGCAGGCUCCGCCUCCCGACCCCUCUAUGAUGGACGCUUCAUGAGUAACUAUAGCAACACAGUGGUGGUCAAUGUGGAGUAUCGCUUGGGUGCGUUUGGGUUUCUGGUCACAGGAAAAGACCCAGAGCUCUCUGCUGUAGGGAAUUAUGGGAUGUUGGACCAGCAGGCAGCCCUGGUGUGGAUUAAAAACAACAUUCCAGUUUUUGCAGGAGAUCCAAAGAGGGUGACUUUAGUUGGUGAGAGUGCGGGGGCGCAGUCUGUUGCCCUCCAUCUGAUGAUGAGGAGCAGUGAGUUUCUCUUCAGCCAAGCUGCCAUUCAGAGUUUGCCAUUCUCAAUACCACUCAAAACCAGGUGGGAUGCCAAGAGGCUCGGUCGGGACUUUGCUCGCACGGCAAACUGCUCCGUGUCUGACCUGCUCUGCCUGAAGAGUCUCAGUGCGCGUGAUGUGCUCCGAGCUCAGGUCAAAUCUGGAUCAAAGAUAGUGAACCCCUUCCGCUUUCUGGAGGUCUUUGAGACGUGGGGGCCAUAUAUUGAUGAGGUGCUGAUUGAAGACCAGCCAAUCGCAGCCUUCCAGAAGGGUUACUGGCAGAGGGACAAACCGGUCAUCAUUGGGACCACUUCAGAGGAGGGCGUGAUCUUUGUGUUCGGGGUCUUCAGCAAGCCGGUGUCUGUGUUGGAGAGCAUGGCGUAUGCCACCGCCAUCUUUAAACAGCACACUCUCACCGUCCUGCACAAGUACCUGCCCCUGUACCUCUACACUGACCGCCGCACCAUGCUGUCCCAGAUCGUGACGGACUUUGUCUUCCUGUGUCCCACGCGUCACUCAGCGCGGUCAGGAGUAUCUUUGGGCGGAUCCAUGUGGAUGUACGUGUUUGACUACACCCUAUCAGACCCGCGUGCGUGGGCGGGGCUGUCGUUCUGCUACGGCCACGCCUGCCAUGGCGCAGAGCUUCCCUUCCUGUUCGACUCCGGGCCCGUGGCCAACCUAACAUUCCAGCCUCCUGAGGCGCUGCUGGCCAAUCGGAUGCUGUGUUACUGGGGGGCCUUUGCCCACUGCGGAGACCCCAACUCACGCACACACCAGAGCUCGUUCUGCAGAGACCAGAGACUUCCGGUUUGGCCCAGGUACACUUUGGACAAUGGCUGGCCCAUCCUGAACCUCACCGUCCCGACCCAUGCACAACAUGGGGUCAGAGACCACAUCUGUGACUUUUGGGACAAUCUGGACAUUUAUUAGGAGGGGGAAGAGAGAGAGAGAGAGAGAGAGAGAGAGAGAGAGAGAGAGAGAAAGAGAAAGACUUUGCUGUUGAAGAAUUACACAUGCAUUUUUAUUUCUAUGCUUUUUAUAUAUAUAAAAAAGAAAGUUUGGGUUAAUUUAGAUUUAAUACUUUUAUAUCCAUAAGAAAUCUAUUUCUAUAUCAGUUUCAUGAACAAUGAGAAGAAAAUAGUAAUAAUAUAUAUUAUUAAAGGAACCGUAUGUAAGAAAUGUAUUUCAAUUAAUCAUAAAAUGGCCCUGAUAUGUCACUAGACAUUAAGAAAU